CUUAUAUGGACUGUUCCCAUCAGAGUGCCCCCUUACAUGGACUGUUCCCAUCAGAGUGCACCCUUACAUGGACUGUUCCCAUCAGAGUACACCCUUACAUUAAUUGUUCCCAUCAGAGUGCCCCCUUACAUGGAUUGUUCCCAUCGGAGUGCCCCCUUACAUGAAUUGUUCCCAUCAGAGUGCCCCCUUACAUGCAGUGUUCCCAUCAGAGUGUCCCCUUACAUGGACUGUUCCCAUCAGAGUGCCCCCUUACAUGCAGUGUUCCCACCAGGGUGCCCCCUUACAUACAGUGUUCCCAUCGGAGUGUGCUCCCAUACAUGGACUAUUCCAAUUAGAGUGUCCCGUACAUGGACUGUUCCCCCAUUGGAGUGCCCCCUUACAUGGACUGUUCCCAUCAGAGUGUUC